GCUUGGGCAGCCGGGGGCCUUCUGUGCCGGCGCAGAGGAAUAACGUCAUCGGCAGCUGGCGCGGGAAAGCUUCAAAGUUGAAAGGGUCCGGCGGCUACUUGGUCCCUCCGUGAGGUAGUAUGAGAGAGUGAAUAGUUGCAAUGUAGACCUUUGAUGAAGCAAAGCCAUCCAAAGCAAUGACUUGUCAAGAGUUUACUGUCUUAUACACUCAUCAGAAGACCAAGAAAUCAAAAGUAUGGCAAGAUGGGGUUUUGAAGACCAGCACUGGAGGAAGUAAGGCAACCUUAUUUGAUGACAAAGGACAAUGUUUGGAGAGCAUAUUUGUCAAAACUCAGGUGAAACCUGGAGAUGAUUUAGAAGGUGAUCGGUAUUUGAUCACAGUUGAAGCAGAAAAAGCUACUGAAAACAAUUGUACCCAUCCACCAAAGAAAAUAGAAGCUUCUACAUCAAACAGAAAUGGUGUGAAACUGUCUAGUCUACCUCUGCUACACCGACCUGUUGGCUUGAAACGGAAGUUUACAGGCUUCCAAGGGCCACGUCAAGUUGAAAAGAGAAUGGCAACAGUGGAAGAGAGUGCAUCACCAGCAAUCUCUUCAUCUAAGUGGUGCCAGUCUCCUUUUCCUUCUAAGUGUUAUGCUACCUCUCCUUUAUUUUCUGCUAUUUGCAAGAAAGAAUCAGGAAGCAGUUUGCCUGAAAACUCUAACAGUGUUGUUUGCACAAGUAGUGCUAGAGAAGACAUGUUCAUCUCCUCUCUGGUUUCCUCUCCAUAUACUAACAGUCACAAAGAAGAUGUACAGAAUAGAAACCAUUGUAACCCCAUUGCAGGUUCUGUACUUAUGAAGCAAGAAUCUUCAAUUACUGGAUGUCCAAAAGCAGCCUGUGAGACAGUUGGUGUGGAAGUCUCUCAGAACAUCAGGAGCAAAGCGCAAAUAAUAGCACUUCUGAAAUCCAAGCCAACACAACAAUGCAGGGAGCAAAAAGCUGAAGACGUACAGGAUAUUUCUAGAUGUCAGCCUUCUGAAAGCAGAGGUAUUUUAUUUAAACAAAACAGUACAUUUGUACCUGAAGGUGUAGACAACACUGACAUAGGAAACACUAAAGACACACAGCACCAAUAUCCUAUAGAAAUCACUGAGACUAAUACAAGCCGAUGGGAUGUUUAUAUGCUGCCAAGUUCAGGUGGCCAAUCUUAUGAUGGAGUAGUAAUGGAGAAGAAAUAUGACCAGAAGACAAAUGAUGCAAGUCUGACUUUACAAGCCCCUUGCCACCCAAAGGCUUUGCAGUUCUUUACAACCUCUGUACGUCCAGCUGGACAAGAGUUAAAGUACAGUUACAUGGAACUAAUGGAUGAUGCAGAGCAUGAUAAUGGGAAAUGUAAACAAACUUCUGAAGCAUCUACAGUCUGUAGAAGUGAUGGAGCAGCUAAGCUAUUGGCCAUUAAUGGAUGUAUUGUCAAAGACCAACCAAGCAGUACUGUAUUAUCUGAAUCCAACAUAAAUAAAAAGAACAACCUUCAGUUUGCCUCAUCUUCAGAGGCUGUUUAUUAUGCAAGGAAUGCAGAUGACUUUGUUACCUUUGAAACAAAUAUUCCCAAAUCCAGUCAGACCUCUGAGACUGACAGUGUUAAAGAGCCACAGGGCUUUCUUGCUCAGCCACAAAUUAAAUCUCAAUCAAGAGUAAAUUUAGAAAGUGUAGCUGGUGACUCUGGGGUACCUGUGGGUGUAACAUGGGCUGGUCCUAAAGCUGUACAUAAGGACUUGCCUGAAUAUGGCAAGGUUAGUGAUCUGCCUGAACAGUUUUUGGAGGUUAACUUCAAUCUGUUAGAAACUUUUGAUUUCAGUAACACUGAAGAUAAACAGCUAUGUGAAGGAAAUGUGCUUUCACAAUGUUCACCUUGUUCAACAGAGGGAGCUGUGACACAAAAGGAGAUGAGAGUUCAUGGGCAGUGUGAAGUAAUGACACUCAGUAAUCAGGAAAAAGAUGUCAAACAAUUGACAUCUCUGGGAGGGAUAGAUGAAAACUUUACCCUAGAGUGUCUGCCAUUACAGGCUUGUGUUAAGACGUCUGAAGGUUGUGACCGAAUUGAGAAAGAUGCUGCAGCUCCCUCUCAGAUUGAAGUGAGGUGUUCAGAUGCUGAUACUGUUGUAGAAGACGCAAAUAAAAGCACGUUAAAUAUUGAAACCGCAAUCAGCAAGAACCUUGAUUUCUACCCAUCAUGUACCAAUAAUGACAUGUCAUUAGUGAAUAACAAGCAUACUGAUCGAGUGCAAAGUGGAGUGAAUAAUUACGAAUGUGAUGAUAAUACCAACAAAUUAGAGAAAAAUAAAACUGUUUCAUAUAUUCCUUCUGCUUUAAAGACUUCUGCUAUUGACAAAAAUUGUAAAAAAGAUACUAUAGAGCUUGGAAGCACAAAUUCCCAGGGUAGUUACUUAGAAUAUUUCAGUGAUUCUCCUGGUGGUGAUAUUAAUUCAGAAAGCCCCUCGGUAACCUUCCCUCUAAUGGCUGGCUGUUCUGAUGGUUCGUGCCAUGAUGCAGGGAAAUACCAUGCUGCAUUUACUACUCAGAUUUUCAAACGUGAUACUUUAGCAAAAAUCCAGCAGUCUUCAGAGGAAGGGGUGAUGGAUGAAACUGAAUUUGAAAAUGUGUCAACCAUCAUGAAUUCCAUCCAGGAACCAAGGGAAGAUGAAAGAAUGAGAACUGACUGCAUGAAAUACUUGGCUUGUGAUGAAAAUUCCUCUGGUCUUCCUGAUCUACCAAAUUACAUCAGCCUUCUAAGGUCUUUGACUGAACAUAGCACAGCAUUAGGAAGCUUACAAAGUAUGGAGGAAUGUAAUAGCUUGGUGUAUCAAAGAGAGACUUCUAAAUAUAAAUGUGAGCCCACUGGAAAAUUUGAAGGUAGGAAACAGUUUGCAGAAGUGUCUUGUUCAGGAGAUAUGCAAACACCUUGUUUGUACUUUGACUCUUCUAACCUGAGGCCUUCUUCUGUAGAGGCACCUGUGCUAGAAGCGCCCAUUCUACCUGUGAUCCAAGGCCAGGGAAACCUUCGGACCUUUGACUACCAACCAAAGUCCCCAGGCGCAGUGAAUUUUCCAGAAGAUGAUCUAAACUUUAUUACAGAAGAGAACAUUCAAAAGUCUGACUUUAUUGAAGAGCCAGAUGCCAGUAAAUCUCCAGUGAUAUUGGAUAUGACUUCUAAAGUUCCAAAAUGGAUGGAAUCUUCUUCAGAUUUUAAUCUGGAACUGACCCAAUGGACUACAAGGAAACAUAACAAGGUGCUGUCACAACAGUUCUCUUCAUUAAAUCCAGAUUCUAUUUCCUUAACUUUAAAUAACGAAGAAAAUAUGAUAGAUAUCCCUAAACAGGAGUCCCUGACAUGUGGAGCUUUACUAAGUGAUACAGAACAUUCGGAAUUCUUUUCCAGAAUAGAGCAGUCCAGCUGUCCAGGAGAUGGCAACCUGUCAAGACCCUCCUCCACACUGAGAACAAGAAUUCCACUUGUCACUGUUUCUGCCACUGGGAAGAUUCCUGAUUCAGAAGUUUAUUCAGGUGUGACUGGCUGUGAGGAAGUCCAGCAAGCUUUUGGUUCUCCAGCAGUCAACGUGUAUGAGAAAUCAGCAGUGUUUCACGUCAGUGCUUUUGGGCCUGAGGACAGGAAGUAUGAAACCUUUGUGUCUGGCGAGUGUAUGGAAGGAAGACGAGAGGCAUUUAUGCAACCAGUGUUCCCUAAUGUGGCUUCACAAAAUGGACAAAGCAAGUGGCUAAAAUAUCAAAACACAGCUCAAUGUGAUUUGAUAACUCAAAACAGAGGUGAUGUGAAAGUGACUGAUGACUUCUGUGCUGAGAAUGUCAUUGGAAUGCCACCGACUGACACUGGAGAGAGUCAGAGUGAUGCCUUGAAUAAAAGUUCUUCAGACUCUGUGCAUUUGCAGAUGAUAAAAAGCUUACUGAGUAAACACCAUGGAAAUUUUAGUAGCCAAGAUUCUGUUUCAGAGGGGAAGAAACUUUCUCUGCACUUAAACCACAUUCCAGUUCCUGAAGCAACACAAAAGGUGUUAGGUCAGUUGAACUGCCACACUGUAACAGGAGACACCCAGGACAUAUCAAUCUCUGAGCUUUCUUUUCCCACAGGGAGGAAAGUAAAAUAUGCAAAUUUUCCUCAAAGGAAAAUAUAUAUACCCACUGUGUUUCAGUCUCAUGCUCAUUACAAACAGAUCUUUACAGCUGCUUUGACAGAACACUUAAACAUACUGCUUUUUGAGCUGUCAGAAAGGCUACAUAAGGCUCUUUUGAAAGUGGACAUAUCAUUUUACACUUCGGUGGAAGAUGGCCAAGGGGAAAGUGAAGAAAACUGUGUUCCUCUCUGCAAUCACAAGCAACCUGCAAAGCUUGUUAUGGUUAAAAAAGAAGGUAAAAAUAAGGGUCGUCUUUUUUAUACCUGUGAUGCCCCAAAAGCUGACCAGUGUAAAUUUUUCAAGUGGGUAGAAGAAGUUAACCCAGGACAAAAAAAUUCCAGACCCAAUGUAGUGUUUCAUGAUAUAAAAAGUAUUGGAGCUUACCUCAGAAGUCAGAGGAUUUUCCUCUAUGAGGAAUGCCAGCUUUUGGUGAGAAAAGCCUUUGAUGUUCAAAGAAAACAGUUUAGUAAGCUAAAGAAAUUUAUGAUUUUACAUGCUAGAGUUGAUGGUGAUUCUAAAAACAAAAUAUAUCUUAAACUGAGAAGAAAGGAGCACUCUUCCAUGUACAGCAAAGAUGAUCUUUGGGUUGUUUCAAAGACACUCAACUUUGAACCACUGGAAACUUUCAUUGCAUGCAGUGCUUUCUUUGGACCAUCAGCUAACAAUGAAGUUGAAUUAUUGCCUCUGAAAGGCUUCUGUCCCUCAAACUGGCACUCCAACAUGAUUGUUCAUGCUUUGCUGGUUUGUAAUGCUAGCACUGAGCUCACCUGUUUGAGAAAUAUGCAGGAAUACUUCAAUCCAAAUAGUUUACCAAUACUACAGUGUUUACUAAAAAUGCCAUUCAAUACCGAACAUGCAAAUAAUAGAGUCAACAAAAGAAAAUUUAUUCCACCAGCCUUGAAUACAAAAUGCUCAAUGGUUUGGGGGUUACUCAGUCCAGAAGUAACGCUGGCACUGGCUGAAAAGAUGAUCCAGGAAUUCCAGCUCAACAUGGAUCAAGCUAGAGCACUGAUUCAAAUAGCUCAGAUGAUGUCUUCACAUGAAAGCAGUGCAGAAAAGGAAGAACAGCAGGUCCACCCCAUCACAAUCAUACAUGGUGUUUUUGGAGCUGGAAAGAGCUAUUUGUUGUCAGUUGUGGUCUUGUUCCUGGUACAACUCUUUGAAAGCAGUGAAGUGAUUAAGGGCCCAAGGCCAACUCCAUGGAAGCUUUUGAUUGCUGCUUCCACUAAUGUUGCUGUUGACAGGGUACUUCUUGGACUACUCAAUCUUGGGUUUGAGGACUUUAUCCGAGUGGGAAGUAUUAGAAGAAUUGCCAGGCCAAUUCUUCCACACAGCUUACAUGCUGGCUCAGGAAGUGAAAAUGAACAAUUAAAGGAACUGCUUGCCUUGAUGAAAGAAGAUUUAACACCAAUAGAAAAGAUAUAUGUGAGGAAGAGUAUUGAGCAGCACAAGCUGGGAACAAAUAAAGCUAUACUGCAACAGGUAAGAGUGGUUGGAGCAACCUGUGCUGCCUGCCCAUUCCCUUGUAUGAAUAACCUUAAGUUUCCACUGGUGGUGUUGGAUGAAUGCAGUCAGAUGACAGAACCUACCUCUCUGCUCCCCAUUGCCAGGUUUCAGUGUGAAAAGUUGAUCCUAGUUGGAGACCCGAAGCAGCUACCACCAACUAUUCAAGGGUCUGAAAGUGCUCAUGAAAAUGGAUUGGAACAGACUCUUUUUGACCGGCUUUGCUUGAUGGGUCAUGAUGCUGUAGUUCUUAGGACACAGUAUCGCUGUCACCCCGCUAUUAGUGCUGUAGCCAGUGACCUGUUCUACAAAGGAAAUCUGUUGGAUGGCAUUUCAGAGAUGGACAGAAGUCCUCUAUUGGAUUGGCUUCCAACACUAUGUUUCUAUAACGUUAAUGGAGCAGAGCAGAUUGAAAGAGAUAACAGCUUUUAUAACAUGGCAGAAGCUUAUUUUUCAGCCAAGCUUAUCCAGUCUCUGAUUGCAAGUGGAAUAGAAGGGUCCAUGAUUGGUGUGAUUACACUAUAUAAAUCACAGAUGAAUAAGGUUCAUAAUUUACUUAGUGGUGUACACUCUGAUGCUCAUGAAAUUAGAGCUGUCCAAGUUUCUACUGUAGAUGCGUUCCAAGGAGCAGAAAAAGAGAUUAUUGUUUUGUCAUGUGUGAGGACAAGACAAGUUGGAUUCAUAGACUCAGAAAAGAGAAUGAAUGUUGCACUGACAAGGGCAAAAAGGCAUUUGUUGAUUAUUGGAAAUCUCGGCUGUUUGAGUAAGAACAAACUCUGGGGAAGAGUAAUUCAUCAUUGUGAAGGAACAGAGAAUGGACUACAGCAUGUAAGCCAGUAUGAACGGCAAUUAAACAACAUUCUUCAAUAUUAUUUGGAGAAAAAGAAAGAAGAAGAAAGAGAGAAGCAAAAAGAAAAAUUAAUCGAUUAGUCUCUUUCGCAAAAAGAGGAGGUAUAAAAAUUGUGUAUUUUUACAAAGUAUAUUUUAAAUGAGUUAUUUAUAUUUUACAAGGAAUAAUUGCUUGUUAUUGCUUUAUAUUUCUGUGCUAAUGCCUUUGUAUUUAGUUCAGAGAUUAUAUGAAUAAAAACAAAAACAAAAAAAUGUAUCUAGUAAAUUGCCUGAUAACUGCAGUCUCUUACAAUAAUGUGACUUGUAUUAUUUAUUUGUCAUAACACACUGGUUUAGAUAACAGACAUAACACAAAUGUUGCAGAGCUGUUUUGGGCAAUUACAAAUCAGUAAACCUGACAUUUGUACAUGGCAAUCAAUUGAAACCGAAAAGAAAAGAAAAAGACAAAUAAAAUGUAGAG